AAUACAGUGGGGCAGAGCCGAGGUUACUUUGCAGAGGCUCCCGGGAGCCCCGGGGGCGGUUCCUGUCAGAGUUGUUGGGAUUUGCUUGGACUGGUGUGGAAAGACCCAGCCUGUGGGGAGCGGCCACUCCUUGCUGCAGAGGGCUAAAGGUUUCUGCCCACCUUGCCUGUUAGCUAGGGAGGCGGCCGAGCAGGGCCCUGGCCGGGCACUAUGUGGGCCUUCCCGGAAUUCCCGAUGCCGCUGCUGGUGAAUUUGAUCGGCUCGCUGCUGGGGUUUGUGGCCACAGUCACUCUCAUCCCCGCCUUCCGUGGCCACUUCAUCGCCGCGCGCCUCUGUGGCCAGGACCUCAACAAAUCCGGCCGGCAGCAAAUCCCAGAGUCUCAGGGAGUGAUCAGCGGUGCUGUUUUCCUUAUCAUUCUCUUCUGCUUCAUCCCGUUCCCUUUCCUGAACUGCUUUGUGGAGGAGCAGUGUAAGACCUUCCCCCACCAUGAAUUUGUGGCCCUGAUAGGUGCACUCCUUGCCAUCUGCUGCAUGAUUUUCCUGGGCUUUGCGGAUGAUGUACUGAACCUGCGCUGGCGCCACAAGCUGCUGCUGCCCACCGCUGCCUCACUACCUCUUCUCAUGGUCUAUUUUACCAAUUUUGGCAAUACCACCAUUGUGGUGCCCAAGCCCUUCCGUCCCCUUCUUGGUCUACAUCUGGACUUGGGCAUCCUGUACUAUGUCUACAUGGGGCUGCUGGCAGUGUUCUGUACCAAUGCCAUCAAUAUCCUAGCAGGAAUUAAUGGCCUAGAGGCUGGCCAGUCGCUAGUUAUUUCUGCUUCCAUCAUUGUCUUCAACCUGGUGGAGCUGGAAGGUGACUAUCGGGAUGAUCAUGUCUUUUCCCUCUACUUCAUGACACCCUUUUUUUUCACCACCCUGGGACUGCUCUACCAUAACUGGUACCCAUCACGGGUGUUUGUGGGAGAUACCUUCUGUUACUUUGCUGGCAUGACCUUUGCCGUGGUGGGCAUCUUGGGACACUUCAGCAAGACCAUGCUACUCUUCUUCAUGCCCCAGGUGUUCAACUUCCUCUACUCACUGCCUCAGCUCCUGCAUAUCAUUCCCUGCCCUCGCCACCGUAUGCCCAGACUCAAUACCAAGACAGGCAAACUGGAGAUGAGCUAUUCCAAGUUCAAGACCAAGAGCCUCUCUUUUUUGGGCACCUUUAUUCUAAAGGUAGCAGAGAGCCUUCAGCUAGUGACAGUGCGCCAGGGUGGGGAUGAGGACAGCGCUGUCACUGAGUGUAACAACAUGACCCUCAUCAAUUUGCUGCUGAAAGCCUUUGGGCCCAUGCAUGAGAGAAACCUGACACUGCUCCUGCUGCUGCUACAGACCCUGGGCAGUGCUGUCGCCUUCUCCAUUCGGUACCAGCUUGUCCGACUCUUCUAUGAUGUCUGAGUCCUUUGAUCAUUGCCCUUCACUUCACAGUCUCCAGGGUUCCUGACUCAGGCCGAUCCCUUUCUGGACCAAGACUGCCUCCUGGCCCAGGCCUCUUCCACCCUUCAUGUCCUCCAGAUUUGGUCCUCGGCAUUCCAUUGCUCCCAUGAUACCGAUAUUUUGGGCCUUUCUUGCCCGUCUAAUGACUAUUGAUUGGCCUUUGCCUAUUGCUUUCUUCAAGUUGCUGCUUUCCCUCUCCAACCCUCUCUGCACCCUCCUGAGGUGGGAUUCACAGCUUUUGUGCAGUUAUCCACAACCCUACUCUCAAGGAAUAUGUUGGGCCCAGGGACAGAACUCUGGCUGGGGAUAGACACACAGGCUCAAAGAUGACUUGACAUUUGAUUAUAAAUUAGGGAUUCUGAUUAUGGAAUGGAGAAGACCAGGGAGCCAGGUGCUCCCAGUGGUGACAAUAAAGUGUUGCCUUUU